AUGCACCUUCUGAAGUUUGAUCCUGGUGGACUAAGUCUGACCAAAGACUUGAUCGACAAUGUUCCAGGUUACGCGAUCCUCUCUCAUACAUGGGGAGCAGAUGAUGAUGAAGUAACAUUCAACGAUUUGAAAGGCAAAUCUUGCAAGAGCAAGGCGGGCUACAGAAAGAUUCAGUUCUGUGCAGAGCAAGCUCAGAAAGACGGUCUAGAGUACUUCUGGGUGGAUACAUGCUGUAUCGACAAAACAAAUCUGGUUGAACUCUCAGAAGCUAUCGUGUCUAUGUUUCGGUGGUACGCCAACGCAGAAAGGUGUUACGUUUUCCUGUCCGAUAUUUCGGCUGGCAAACGGGACUACACGGGAAGCACUCGAGUCUGGGAAUCGGCCUUCCGGAAAAGCAGAUGGUUUACGCGGGGCUGGACACUGCAAGAACUUUUGGCUCCUAGACGAGUCGAAUUUUAUUCUCGGGAAGGAGUGUACCUGGGCGACAAAGCUACGUUGGAGCAGGUCAUCCACGAAGUCACAGGAAUCCCUGGAGCAGCUCUCCGUCAGAACUCUCUGGCAGAUUUUAGUCCCGAGGAGCGGAUGCGAUGGUCAUUUCGACGCGAGACUAAACGGGUAGAAGAUAAGGCAUACUGCCUUCUGGGGAUUUUCAACGUGUCCAUGCCUCCUGUUUACGGUGAAGGAGAUAGAGCUUUUGACCGGCUGAAGGACGCCAUCGCUAGAGACAUUCGGAGACAACUGGAGGGCAUCGGGCAGAGCUUUGUCGCCUCGAACUCUAGUAACCUUGUUGUACGCGGCUAUGAAUCAACUUCGACGCCUGCGGAAGAAGCAGCGCUGCUGGAUCGUCGAAAGACGAUGCUGGCUUCCCUGGGCUUUGAGCAAAUGGAUUCGCGGCGGUCUACGAUCAAAACGGCCUAUUCGUCAACGUGCAAAUGGUUGUUGAAGCACCGUGCUUACCUGGAUUGGAUUGAUCCUGAGCAAAUAUACCAGCACCGUGGAUGUUUAUGGAUCAAUGGGAAGCCUGGCGCGGGAAAAUCGACCUUGGUGAAGUUCGCUCUCGCGUGUGCUGAGAGAGCAAGGCGGGAGAAUGAGAUUCUUCUCUCCUUCUUCUUCAACGCCAGAGGGGACGAACUCGAAAAGUCAACUGUGGGCAUGUAUCGAGCUCUCCUAUUCCAGCUCCUGACCAAAAUGACAGACACGGAGCUACAGGGCUUGGAUGAUGUGGGCAACUUAACGGAUCAACGCGGAUCGCCGUUGUGGACAGUCGAAACGCUGUGUAGACUUUUGUCCGCGGCUGUCACACGGCUUGGGCACCGACGAUUGAAGUGUUUCAUCGACGCCCUCGACGAAUGUGAUGAGGAGCAGGUUCAGGAAAUGAUUUUCUAUUUUGAGGAGCUCGGACAAACCGCCCUCGAACACGGAACCCAGCUCUCUAUUUGCUUCGCUAGUCGCCAUUAUCCGACCAUCGACAUCCGGGGUGGUCGGCAGCUGACAUUGGAAGACGAAGACGGUCAUGCUGAAGACCUGGAGAAAUAUGUCCAAAGCCACCUCAGAGCUGGAAAGGGGAAAGUCAUUGAGGAGGUCAGAACGCAGAUACGCGAAAAGGCCAAUGGUGUUUUCCUGUGGGCGGUUUUAGUCAUUCCGAUUCUCAACGAAGAAUUCAGGCGAGGCCGUAUAUUUGCCGUAAAGAAAAAAAUCCAGGAGGUGCCCACUAGGCUCGGGGAGCUCUUUAAAGACAUCUUGACGAAGGAUUGUGUCAACAUGAACGAUCUGCUGCUAUGUCUUCAAUGGAUACUCUUUGCCAAACGGCCGCUGCGGCGAGAAGAAUUCUACUUUGCUAUGAUGGCAGAUCUCGCUCCCGAUUCCGAGUAUAUGACCACCUGGAACCCAGAGGACAUUACUGCAGACGACAUGAACCGGUUUGUGCUGAAUUCGUCGAAGGGCCUUGCUGAACUUACCCGGUCGAAGACCCCGACGGUGCAAUUCAUUCACGAAUCCGUACGAGAUUUUCUCAUUAAAGACAAUGGUCUAAGUGAGCUUUGGCCGGAUCUCAGCGGUAGUAGCAGCUUCGAGGGGGAAAGCCAUCAACGCCUGAAGGGUUGCUGUCUGAACUACAUGAGAAUCGACGUCACCACCUAUAUAGGUGAUAUUUGCGACUCACUUCCGAAGGCAUUUACCGAACAAGCUGCGCUCCUCCGCCAAUCUGCGGCUGAACACUUUCCAUUCCUAGAGUACGCCGUACGUAAUGUCUUACACCACGCCAAUAAGGCACAAGCUACUGGAGUCGACCAGAGUGAUUUUGUUCACACUUUCCAGCUCGCCAAAUGGGUGUGGAUUGACAACCUGUUCGAAAGACACGAAGUACGCCGACACACUCCAAACAUGAGCUUCUUAUAUCUCUUGGCGGAGAACAACCUGGCGAGUCUGAUUAGAAUUCACCCAUCUAAUCCGUCAUGUUUUGAUGUAGAAGGCGAACGCUACGGCCCCCCCAUUUUUGCUGCCCUAGCUAGUGGAAGCGAUGAAGCAGUCCGCGUGUUGUUGGAAGUCCAUGCGGAUACUCAGCCCACAACAUCACCGUUUCAUAAUCUCUACCAACAAUUUUGUCGUUAUGGAAACAAACAAAUCAACCUUGCACUCAACUUCACUUUCCCACAACGAAAAGGCCCUCUCACUUUUUUAGCAGAGCAUGGCGACGAUAUUCUUCUUGCGCUCUAUGCUUCAGCCAUGACUAACAUUGAGUCAACUGGCACUGAUCGGAGGACCGCAUUGUCGUGGAUGGCCGGGAGAGGAAAUGAGGCGGGAGUGAAGUUACUACUUAAGAAGCGCGCUAAGAUUGAGUCAAAGGACCGUUUUGGUGUCACACCUCUCUCCCAUGCUGCCAGGAAUGGGCACGAGACAAUAGUGAAGCUACUCCUUGAGAAGGGUGCUGAGAUCGAGUCAAAGAGCAAUUCCGGUCAAACUGCAUUGUCAUGGGCAGCCAUGAACAAGCACGAGACAAUAGUGAAGUUACUCCUUGAGAAGGGUGCUGAUAUUGAGUCAAAGGAUGGUUCUGGUACAACUGCAUUAUCAUGGGCAGCCAUGAAGGGGCAUGAGACAAUAGUGAAGUUACUCCUUGAGAAGGGUGCUGAUAUUGAGUCAAAGGAUGGUUCUGGUACAACUUCAUUAUCAUGGGCAGCCAUGAAGGGGUAUAAGACAACAGUGAAGCUUCUACUUGAGACGGGCACUGAUAUUGAGUCAAAGGAUCGUUCUGGUCGCACACCUCUAUUUCAUGCUGCUAUGAAUGGGCAUGAGACAAUACUGAAAUUACUCCUUGAGAAAGGCGCUGAGGUCGAUCUAAAGGAUAUAUGUGGUAGGACACCUCUAUCAUGGGCUGCCGCUCGCGGGCACGAGAGAAUAGUGAAGCUUUUGCUCGAUAAGGGCGCUGAGCUUGAGCCAGAGGAUCCAGGUGAUUGA